CGCCGCUGAGGAGGAGGAGGAGGAGGAAGAGGCGAGGCACCAUUUGCUGCUCCCUGCCCCAGCCAUGGAGAACGCUCACACAAAGACUGUGGAGGAAGUUUUGGCUUAUUUCGGUGUCAACGAAAGCACCGGGCUCAGCCUGGAGCAAGUGAAGAAGCUGAAGGAGAAAUGGGGCUCCAACGAAUUACCGGCUGAAGAAGGAAAAACCUUACUCGAGCUUGUGAUCGAACAGUUUGAAGACUUGCUAGUUAGAAUUUUGUUGCUGGCAGCUUGCAUAUCUUUUGUCCUGGCCUGGUUUGAAGAAGGUGAAGAAACGAUCACAGCAUUUGUAGAGCCUUUUGUAAUCUUACUUAUAUUAGUAGCCAAUGCAAUUGUGGGAGUGUGGCAGGAAAGAAAUGCUGAGAAUGCUAUUGAAGCUCUUAAAGAAUAUGAACCUGAAAUGGGCAAAGUAUAUCGACAGGAUCGAAAAAGCGUACAAAGAAUUAAAGCAAGAGACAUUGUCCCAGGUGAUAUUGUGGAAGUGGCAGGUAAGGCUUACUUAUGUAAAAUUAAAUCUACAACUCUAAGGGUAGACCAGUCAAUUCUCACAGGUGAAUCUGUAUCUGUUAUUAAACAUACUGACCCUGUGCCCGAUCCUCGUGCUGUAAACCAAGACAAGAAGAAUAUGCUUUUUUCUGGUACUAACAUUGCUGCUGGUAAAGCUAUGGGAGUGGUUAUUGCAACAGGAGUAAACACCGAAAUUGGCAAAAUUCGUGAUGAGAUGGUGGCUACUGAACAAGAGAGAACUCCACUCCAACAGAAACUGGACGAGUUUGGAGAGCAGCUGUCUAAAGUCAUCUCACUUAUCUGCAUUGCUGUUUGGAUAAUAAACAUCGGUCACUUCAAUGAUCCAGUUCAUGGUGGCUCCUGGAUUCGAGGUGCUAUCUAUUACUUUAAAAUUGCUGUUGCUCUUGCUGUUGCUGCUAUUCCUGAGGGUUUGCCUGCUGUCAUUACCACCUGCUUGGCUCUUGGAACCCGCAGAAUGGCCAAGAAGAACGCUAUCGUUAGAAGUCUUCCCUCAGUGGAAACCUUGGGGUGCACCUCGGUUAUUUGUUCUGACAAGACUGGUACUCUGACCACGAAUCAGAUGUCAGUUUGCAGGAUGUUUGUCCUGGACCGAGUAGAAGGAGAUAGCUGUUCUUUGAACGAAUUUACUGUAACAGGGUCAACGUAUGCUCCCAUGGGAGAAGUGCAUAAAGAUGACAAACUUAUUAAAUGUAGCCGGUAUGAUGGCCUUGUGGAACUUGCAACGAUCUGUGCGCUCUGCAAUGACUCCUCUUUGGAUUACAAUGAAGCUAAGGGAGUAUAUGAAAAAGUUGGUGAAGCCACAGAGACGGCACUUACCUGCCUGGUUGAAAAGAUGAAUGUAUUUGACACGGACUUGAAAGGACUUUCUAGAAUUGAACGUGCAAAUGCUUGCAACUCGGUGAUAAAACAACUUAUGAAGAAAGAGUUCACUCUAGAAUUCUCAAGAGACAGGAAAUCAAUGUCUGUCUACUGCACACCGAACAAACCAAGCCGCACAUCCAUGAGCAAGAUGUUUGUUAAGGGUGCUCCUGAAGGUGUAAUUGACAGAUGUACACAUGUCCGUGUUGGAAAUGCUAAAAUACCGUUAACAUCAGGAAUUAAGCAGAAAAUAAUGUCUGUUAUUAGAGAGUGGGGAACUGGCAGAGACACACUACGCUGCUUGGCUCUGGCAACCCAUGACAAUCCACCCAGAAAAGAAGAAAUGAAUCUUGAGGACUCCUCAAAUUUCAUCAAUUAUGAGACCAACUUGACCUUUGUUGGUUGUGUGGGUAUGCUGGAUCCUCCGAGAAUUGAAGUAGCUUCAUCUAUAAAGCUGUGUAAACAGGCUGGUAUUAGAGUUAUUAUGAUUACUGGUGAUAACAAAGGCACAGCAGUAGCCAUUUGCCGUCGGAUUGGUAUCUUUGUGGAAGAUGAAGAUGUUUCUACAAAAGCCUUUACUGGUCGUGAAUUUGAUGAACUCUCAUUAGCUGCCCAGAGAGAUGCCUGCCACCAUGCCCGUUGCUUUGCCCGGGUAGAACCUUCCCACAAGUCUAAAAUUGUUGAGUUUCUUCAGUCUUUUGACGAGAUUACAGCUAUGACUGGUGACGGUGUCAAUGAUGCUCCUGCACUGAAGAAAGCAGAAAUUGGAAUUGCUAUGGGAUCUGGCACUGCAGUGGCUAAAACUGCUUCUGAAAUGGUUUUAGCAGACGAUAAUUUCUCAACUAUUGUAGCUGCUGUGGAAGAAGGGCGUGCAAUUUAUAACAACAUGAAGCAAUUCAUCCGUUACCUGAUCUCCUCCAAUGUUGGAGAAGUUGUUUGUAUCUUCUUGACUGCUGCUCUGGGUUUUCCUGAAGCUCUCAUUCCUGUCCAACUGUUAUGGGUAAACCUUGUGACGGAUGGUCUCCCUGCUACUGCUCUGGGCUUUAAUCCUCCUGAUCUUGAUAUCAUGAAUAAGCCUCCCCGCAACCCAAAAGAGCCACUGAUCAGUGGAUGGCUCUUCUUCCGUUACCUAGCUAUUGGAUGUUAUGUUGGAGCUGCUACAGUGGGUGCUGCUGCUUGGUGGUUUAUCGCUGCUGAUGGUGGUCCAAGAGUUACCUUUUAUCAGCUGAGCCAUUUUCUGCAGUGCAAAGAGGACAACCCUGAUUUCUCUGGUGUUGACUGUGUGGUUUUUGAGUCUCCAUAUCCAAUGACAAUGGCUCUUUCUGUUCUUGUCACUAUAGAAAUGUGCAAUGCUCUCAACAGUCUAUCAGAAAAUCAGUCCUUAAUGAGGAUGCCCCCAUGGGAAAAUAUCUGGCUGGUGGGCGCUAUUUGCUUGUCCAUGUCACUCCACUUCCUUAUCCUUUAUGUGGAACCGCUGCCAAUUAUCUUCCAGAUCACACCUCUGAAUGUGACGCAAUGGCUGAUGGUGUUGAAAAUCUCGCUACCUGUCAUUCUGCUGGAUGAAACACUUAAAUAUGUGGCCCGUAACUACCUGGAACCUGGUAAAGAUAGUGUGCGGCCUGCCACCAAACCGUGUUCUUUGUCAGCAUGCACCGAAGGAGUUUCCUGGCCGUUUGUGUUCAUUACUAUGCCCCUGGUUAUCUGGCUUUACAGCACAGACACUAACUUUAGUGAUAUGUUCUGGUCUUGACUGACAUGGUGACAGUUUUACAUUCAAAGGAAAGGUUUAACUUAAUCAAUUUUUUUAUUGUUUAGAGCAACUGUCUAUUUCUGCUGAAUUUUCACAUGAACAUAUUUGCCGGUGAUGGAGGUUUCAUACUCUAGAUUUUGUUUUUUUGCUUUUUCUGACUUCAGUGGGGGCAAUAUAUUCCUCUUUUAUACACAGUUAAAGUGUCCAUUGACAUGUACAGAGAACUAACACUAUUUUAUGCAAAUAUUUUUUUGUAGAUGAAAAAGCAUGUACAGUGUUCUGUUCAAUAGUCUAUUCAUCCUGUAAAAAAAAAAAAAUUUUUUUGAGCCAGCGGACACUAUCAAACUAAAUUGGCAGCAGAUUUUAGGGAAUGAAUGUGUGUUGUCUAAAACUAAAAAAGCAUGUAACUGUUUGUCUUCUGCAUGAUCAUCUGAACUUAAUUUGUCAUACAGUCAGGUUUUACUCAAAAGCAGAACUUUCUGCUCUGGGUAGAGAGUACUGCUACCUCGGUCAGGAUUUCUUCUCAGUUUGCCCCUCUUCCUGCUCCCUCACUUUCGGUUCUUGACUGUCCUUGUUUACACCAGUUUCUGUAUGAGGUAUGCCUAAUCUCGCUCAUGCAGAAAAUACCAUUCCAGGUGCAGCCUGCUGGGUUCUUCCAUACUCUCAACAUUGCAUAGUUUUU